AACAUGCAUUUCCUCUUGCACCACCUCCAGUGUAAGCUGCAGCAUUCAUGAACAACCCUGAGCUCUGACACCUUAGUUGGGGGCAGUACAUGAUGGAUCAUGGGAAAGAGCUGCCUCCAAUAACACUGAGUAACACUACAGUUGCAAACCUGGUGACGCUGAUCCGUGUGCUAGUCUCAAUGACAUCACAUGGGGACGUCCCCAGCUUUGAAGAUGAAUCAGACAAGCCAGCAUGGUGGCCUGCAGAUAUUGAGUGGAGGAACCCAAAGUUCUACACUCAGGACCCUGCACAUCCACAGAAUGGUCUAGAGAUCCUACGCAAGCUGGUCAAGAGCUGCUAUUCAUAUCAUGGUGUGGAGGAUCUCCUGUGUCGAAUCAAUGAGAUUCCUGUGUCAGACGAUGAGGUCGAGGUUGUAGAUGGUGUUGAGGUCAUUCAACUCAAUGACGAGGAUGAAAAUCAAGAUGUGUCCUCAGCUGAGAGUGAAGGGCCGGUGUUUGUAUGCUGCUUCUGCCUUAAACAGUUCUCCAGACAUGACGCUGUCCUUGUCCACCAGAACAUCUGCCGGGAGAACCACAAGGACUCUGGUUCUGGCAGUGACUCUCACAAGGAUUCUGGUUCUGGCAGUGACUCUCACAAGGAUUCUGGUUCUGGCAGUGACUCUCACACAUCUGAGCACAAGGUUACCACUCACCAAGCUUUUGCUGGUGGAGAUGCCAUGGUUAGUCUACAAAAGCCUGCACCCAGGGAGGAGAAGCCACACCCCUAUACAGCACCCUCUUCGUUGACCACAGUAAACAAGAAACCUGUGGUCAGCUUAAAAACACGGAGUCAGAAGAAACUGGAUCAGAUUAUGGAGAGGCACAACCAGAGGAGGCUUAUGAUAAAAGAAUGUAAGGAGAUGAAAGAAGUUCCGUCCACGGGGGCCUGGUGGGUGGGAAACAGACAGAGGAGACGGAAUACAAGUCACUAUCAGCACCCCAGCAGGUACUUGUCACAAGAUGCAUUUCUGUCAGCCACGUGCCUGACCAAGAAAGCUGAUCUAGAAGCCAAGAGUGAGGUAAAACAAGAGAUAGACUUGGACUGCGAGAUUGUAUCCGUGGAAGGUCCACUGAGUGCCGUGCCCCCACCCUCAUUUGUGAAACCACCAUCAGCGUCCCCGCGUGCGUCCAGGUCGCUGAUAUCACAGUUGAGUCGGGACAGUGAGACCAGCUCUCGUAGAAGGCUAAGUUUUUGUUUUGUUGAAGAUGAAUGGGCUGAUAAAGAAGCUCUAGAGGAAGGCAGAGAUCCUCUCCAGAUUUCUUUAUUAACCCUGGACCUUACUUCACCCUUAGGUCAGCGCAUUAAAAAAUAUGUCAAAGGUGAGAGUCACCUAAAUAUUAUUAAAGACAUUGAGGGUUAUUGCAGAACUGAAGUAGACAAGGACAGUUACAAUAAAUUAAGGUAUCGAAAUAAUGAGUUUCGAAUAACUUUUAAGAAAAAGAGAAGAGGGUCUACUUUUGUUCAUAAAUACAAAUUUAAUCGUGAAGACAAGUUAGAAUUCGACGAGCAUAUUCGAACUGGCCUGAGCACAAGGAGCAGACGCCUGCAGAGGAGGUUGCCAGUGUGUAAAGUUUUAUUGAAAAAACUGUCCAAGGCUGAAAUCAAGUCCUGGACUGAGGAAAGAAAGAUAAUCAUAGCUGAGAAUAUUAUUUAUGAUGACGAUAUCUGCAUUACACAAAUUGACAUACCCGAGUCCAAAAUUCAAGGGUUCCCGCAAGAGAAAAAAAUUACACAGAACCCUGUGUACAAUGCAAAUCAACGAUCCUCGCCAUUGCACCAAAAUCAUUCGAGUCGCCCUCACCAUCCUGUAAACAGGCCAGCGUUCUCAUCACAUCUGCCGCCAUCACCACCUCAUGUCCCGAAUAUUUUCAGGAAUCGAACCACUCACACCCCAUCACCGCCGAGGAACUCUCCUCACCACCACCCAUCAUCCAGGUCAGUAAAUCCAGCCGCUCGCCCGUUGUCCAACACCAGGUUCACCUCGGGCAUGAAUGGCCAGACACCUGUAGCCUCCAACCAUCAUGUUAAAAAUGGUAACUCCAGUCAGAGAGUGGAUAAAUUGCCCUCGUCUGCCCACCUUAGUCGACACACAUCUCUUGCUCCUUCAACCUACUCUUUGGAUAAUUCUGCUUCUGACAGUACUCCACAGCCCAAUAAGUAUAGUCAAGGCUUUAACAGUCGGAGGAAACAGCAGUUAACCACACGGGAAUACGAUGGAGGGCCUUUUUCUCAUGUCAAUGGCAAUAACACUUUUGGUGUUGUGGGCCAGCAAAGUGCAGGUGUAAAAAAACAAAAUGGAGGCACUGGCCCUAAUGUACGGAGACUAUCAAACUUUGAUUAUUUCAGUAUAUGGGAUGGUAAAAUGCAGUCCUCUCUUGAGAGUCAGCAUAAACCUCAGGCAUAUGGAGAUACUUACUACAUCACAGACACCCCCAAGUCUAGACCCCCAACUUUGUCCACCCUGCAGCACCGCAGACCCCCACAGACUAGUUUUUCAUUGAACAACCGCAGACCCCCACAAACGAGUUUCUCUACAAGCAGGCCUAGAUCAACAGCUCAAUCCAAUGUACAGAAUAUACCCUCCAGCAAUAUGAAAGGAGCCAAUCCUAGAAACUCUUUAACCCCCAGCAUUCCAGUAUUGAAAAAUACCAGACCCAGCCUGCAAGAACCCAGUGCCCAAUCCUCCUCCCUGAUGGAGCAUUUGAAGAACACUGUUUCGGUUCCUUCUACGUUUUUAAAUGAUGAUGAUGACAUCCAAGAAAUAAUAUGUAUAGAUGAUGAUUAAAUUUGCUGAGGGUCAAUGUUGUGUGACAAUAAUUCCAAGACUAAGACGGGUAUGGUAAUCAUCACAUUGUGCUCAUCAUUUCUUCAUAUGGUCUCAUUUUGUAUUUGGUUUCCCCAUACAAGCAUUUUGUAACAUAUUAUAUGCUGCACAGUUGAAUUGAAAUCUGCACAUUAAAAAUUGAGCAUUUAUUAUAUUUAAUUUAAUGUUUCACAAUCUGUUAGAAGAACUAAGCACUCGUUGUACAAAAAAGCUUUUAAGUAAUGUACUGGCCACCAUUCAUAAGGUUUUUAAGGUUAGAUUGGGCAUUGUCAUUCAGUUAAUCAAAUGAUAUAUUAAAAACCGGAGUUUGCUAUGAAUAAAAUGUGUGUAAUUAAGCAUUAUAUAAAACAGUAGCUUCAACACUUUAACUGGGUCAGAAAGAAAACUAAUGGAGUUCAAGGCAAUACUGGCAAGCAAUAAAUAAUUUAAAAAUUUUCAUUUCUAUCUAGAUCAGAACUAUCUGCUUUCUUUCAUUUUUUAAGUUUAGAUAGAUAAAUUACUUGAUAGGUCUUGAAGAGUUACAUCAAUCUUUGUUAAAUGGUAUGUCUUUAGAGAGGAUUUAUUCCCAGUUCUUCACUAGCCAGUAAUGUUAAUAAUGAAAUUUGAAACGUUUGUUAGCCUAUUACAAUUUUAAACUGCUGGUUACAUAGUGUAGUAGUCUCCCUUUUUGUGUUUGUACUAGUUUGUUGUAUCUUACACUGCAAGUCUGUGCUAUAUACCAUAUGUUAAUAUGACAGCUUGCGUGCUUUGUUUAAGACAAAGCUUGCUUAUACAAGUGUAAAACCUGAUUACUGAACAUAAGGAUAGCCAGUUAUUGCUGAAAAACAUAGUUUUUCUAGUGUCAAACAUAAAAAUUCCUUUUAAUUGUGUAAAAUGCAGUUGCUAAAUGUCACAUUAUUUUAGAACAAAAAUUCUUGUUUUUAGUGUCCAAUACUUAAAGCUACUCAUGCCUCUUGGCAAAUGCAACAUACCAUUUUUAGAAUAUUUUGUGCUUUAAAUAGUUUUAAAAUAAUUAGAUUUUUCAUAAUUAUUUUUUUUUCUGCAAAGAAAUUUACAAAUUCAAUACAGUAUUAUUUAUAUUUUAUUAAGUAAAAAGUGGGUGCUCUUAAAAAUUACAAAACAUUUUUUUACAGUCUUGGUUUCAAGAUUAAAUUCAGUUUUGUUUAUUUAUUAUCAGUUUAGGCUAGGAAUUAAUUAAGAAUUUGUUGAGGCUUAUACUAACCUACUCUUAAACAAAUGUUAAGUAUUCCUAUUAUUUAUAUGGUAAUGACAAUUACACAAGUCCACGCUGAUGUCAUAGGUAAUGCACUAUCAUUUUAUUGUUUGCACUGUGGUUGCACUAAAAUAGUGUGUGAUCUGUUUAUUUUAUGUGUAUUUUGUUUUUAACUGUCAGAACUACAGCAACGCACAAUAUACUUUAGUAUUUGAAACAGGAUACUGAAGGUAAUAUUUAUUUUUAAAACAGGCACAUACUACAAGAACUGCUUUAGAUUAUUUUUCUUGUACAGAAUUAGUGAAUGUAGAGCCACUUUGUUGAUAACCAUAGUUAAUUUUUUUUUUUACCAAUCAAACCUUUUUUAAAGAUUCUUAGUUUGAAACGGACAAAUUAAUAUUUGAAAUAUAAACUAAACUCUAUGAGUUCAAAUAAUGUGUUGCUAGGUAAAGCACUUAAGCUGCUUUACUUUCAGAUUUUUUUUCCCAACCAAUUUUUGAAUGUAGAAAUGUUUUAGAUGGUUUUAUUUAAAACUAGUAUUACUAUGUCGACCUUGUUUCAUCACUGUUUAAAGCUUCAUCUUAUAUAACCAUGUUGUCCCCCACCCCCUUACCCCACUUUGCCUGUCUGACAAAACAGUCAAUGCUUUAUAUUGUGACAUUAUUUUGUGAUCUUGUACAUUUGAUUCAUCUAGUAUUUGAUACUCAUGCAAGUCAGU